AUGCCAAAGGCCAGCUGUGAGCAUUUAGAAGAGCAUGUAAAAGUAAGGAGCUUACUCGAGCAAGUCAAGCCGGAUAAUGUCUGCGGCGAAUGCGGUCACGAGGAGGAGAACUGGAUUUGCUUAGCUUGUGGGGAUUGCUUCUGCGGCAGAUUCAUCAACCGCCACAUGGUGGACCACUCAAUGGAGAAAUACCAUCUAGUGGCUUUGUCAUUAUCUGAUUUGUCGUUCUGGUGCUACGUUUGCGACGAAUACAUCAUUCACACGAAUCCAAUCCUCCAUCCUCUCUACAGAGACGCCCACAAGGGAAAGUUUGGCGAUUAUCCACCAGGCACGAACGAAUCAGAUCAAUAA